AUGAUUUGGCAUUGGUCGGAUACAUUGAACAUCUUCUAUUCGUUUCCGAUCGCGUUUCUUUCCAUCAUCUUCAACAUUCUACUAAUCUAUAUCGUUGCAAAGUAUUCACCGAUGGCGAUGAAAUCCUACUCAAUUCUUAUCAUCUCUGAGGCAAUCUAUGAUAUUUUUGUGGCGUUUUGCCUAUCUAUGGUUAUUCCGAGAUUUCGAAAUUCGGGCUUCUCAAUCGUUAUCAUAUUCCACGGACCCUGUCAAUUAUUCUUCUCCGAUCGCUACAUCCAAUCGAAUUUUUGCCUUUUUUUUGAGUGCGGCGCGAUUUACGCAAUCUUCGGCAUUCAACUCAUCGUCUUCUAUUCGCUCUAUUUCCGUCAGCAAUCGGUGCUCGAUCCGUUCAAGGUGUUUCGACGAUCGGUGAUUCUCACCUACGUGUUGAUACUAUCGGCGUUCAACGCGAUAAUGACGGUGGUCACUUUUGUCCAAAAUCUUUAUCCUAUUGAGGUAUCCGACGCGGUCGCCGAAAAAUUGAAGCCCGGCAUUGUGAAAUCGGGAUGGCCAUUUGGCACAGUUGUCGAUAUGUUUCAAAUUUCUCAAAUUCCACCCAACGCUUUAACAAAUAUCUUGAAUCCAACAGUGGUUGUAUACGGCAUUUUAUGCCGAUAUCGCGUGAAUAAAGCUGUGCGCAAUGAUACGCAUAUGAGCGAGCAAAUGAAGCAUCUUCAUAGAGGGCUGGCAAAUGUCCUCUUCGCGCAAGUCUUCUCAUCGGCCGUCGCGUUCUUCACAUGCGUCCUCUACAUGGUCUCCCUCUACUAUGACGUCGAGCAGUCGACGCUCUCGGAGAACACCAUGUUUUUUCCGGCCAUUCUAAUGCUUUUGGUGUCGCCAAUUGUCACCAUUUAUUUCGUGCGACCCUACAGAAACAAAAUCAUCGAAAUUUUCCAUUUCCCUUUUUUGGUGAACUCGGCGGUCAAUUCGGUCGACAUAACCGGAGCGUAG